UAUUUUAGCCGAAGGAGUCUCAGGACGUCGGAGUAGCCUCUGGGCAGUGAUAGCAAUCAUGGCGGAGACGUGAUAGAGGCAGAAACAAAAAAAUUAAAUAAAAAGGGAUAUAAAACACGAACCUAAGACAACUGCUGUUGGAGCUGAGCCGCGAUCAAGAUCAACUGAGCAUCAUGGCAGCCCAUUCUGGAUACAUCAGCUUACCCCUGUGCAUGACCUUCAUGGUGCUGAUGACUUCCGGUUUGGCGUCGGCAAGCUACAGGAGCUGCUUUGAGGUAUACACGAGUGAGGGGAUCGCCUCUUUGGGACAUCUCGAUCAGGCGUGUGCCAAAGUUGAUGAUCCGAAAGACGUGGGGAGGAAGUAUGUAGAGUGUUUUGACGGGACCCUGAGAAAGAGAACGUGUCCUCCCUACUUGAGAUUCGACUUCAAACUAAAAAAAUGUACGAGAAAGGGCAGAGCGUUUUGCAAACUCACAAACGUCUCCUAUAAACCCUACAGCAAAAUACUUCGGCAUCCAUCUAACCGUAUCUGGCCCAAGAGAAAUCGCAAGUCUCAUGGUCGACACAGUGCCCAUGGACGCCAUAACUCGAAACGUGGGCACCGACUCCGCCAUCGACGAAAGCCCCAUCAGCGUAGUCGAAAACCUCAUCGUCCUCCGAAGCCCCAUGCUCCUCAUAGACGCCACGGUCCUCCGAAGCCCCAUGCUCCUCAUAGACGUCACGGUCCUCCGAAGCCCCAUGCUCCUCAUAGACGCCACGGUCCUCCGAAGCCCCAUGCUCCUCAUAGACGCCACGGUCCUCCGAAGCCCCAUGCUCCUCAUAGACGCCACGGUCCUCCAAAGCGCCGCCCUCCUCAUACUCUCCGUCGUCCUCAUAAACGUCGUCCUCCACAUAAACGCCGCCCUCCUCAUAAAACCCGUGUUCCACCCCUUAAACCUUUUCCUCGUCAUAAGCCCCGUUUUCCACCCCAUAAACGUCGCCCUCCUCAUACCCACCAUCCUCGUCAUCCUCCUCAAAAACCCCAUAACCCUCACAGACGCCAUGGUCCUCCGAAGCGGCAAUUUCCCCAUACACCCCUCACUCCUCAUCCAACACGUCGUACUCCCUGGACUCCCAGGACUCCCUGGGCGUGCAGACACGUCCAAACUAGCGAGGGCAUCAUCGACUUACGUAAUGAGGAGGUCGCCUGCGCAGCCGUUCCCGACAUCGACGUGGCAGAUGGGUACGGUAGUGCCUACGUCAAGUGCGUGCGAGGAAAGCUCAUCGGGCCUAUAAAAUGCAACGAUAAAAAAAGUUUCAGCACAACAGCUAAACAAUGUACCAUCCAUUUGCCGGAAUGCCAACUCAAAGGCACCCCGAAGCACUGGAAAAGAAUAAAACCCCACGGUCGUAAGUGCAACCAUGUCACAAUUAGCAAUGGCCAUCACAAUGUCAGGGUCACUCUUCACGACGGCGAAUACGCAUGCUCAGCCCUGGCUCCCCUCGACAACCCCUACAACAGAGGUAACAUGUUCGUCCGGUGUGUGGACGGCAAAACGGUUGAGUCAUACUGCAAGUCUAGAUACAGGUGGGACGUGACGAAGAACGCAUGUACUCCUGGUCCGGCCAACUGUCGGAUUUCUAAAGCUGGAAAACCUGUUCACCCACACCCCUUCCCGAGACCCCACCCUCGACCUCUGCCCAGCUCCGGCCCACCUUACCGUGGAAGACAUGGCAGAUAUCGCCCGAGAAAUGUCGUUCAGAAGCUGAAGAAAACGUACCCGUUCUUCAAAAAGAAGCUCCCACAUCCUCGACACAAUCGCAAGAGACCUCACCCAAAAAGGAAGCAUGGACGCAAAAGGCCCUUCACACACAAACGCAGAACACAUCACGGACGCCGCCGCAAAGGUCACAGAGGUCCGAAGGGACAUCCCAUUACCCCACACGGUAGUUAUAGGCCGCUCCCGGGCAUUCGUUAUCGGAGCUAAAGUCCCAGAGACUAACUAACGUGAACUCUACCUGUCAGUGGUAUUAUGUUCAACUCUACUUGGCAUACGCGCACGGAUAUUAUAACAAUACGCUGAAAUCAGACAGUGCCCACGUACGCAAUGUAUGUACUCUUGGAGACUUCGAACCGUAAGGUUUGGAAAUAAAAGUAAAUUUCAUAAGGCU